CGGCGCCGGGCCGGGCCUGGCGAGGCUCCGCCGGCCCCGGGAAGGCUCCGCCGGCCCCGCUCCGCUCCGGCCCCGCUCCGGCCCCGCUCCGCCGGCCCCUUCCGCCCCUUCUGCUCCUCUCCCCGCGGCCCCGCUCCUCCCCGCUCCUCCCCGCUCCUCCCCGCUCCUCCCCGCUCCCCCGAGGUGAGCCCGGCCCCGCCGCGGCCUCCUCCACCCCCCUCAGCCCGGUCCCCCCCGGCGGUUCCGCGGCCGCUCCGUGUCCGGCCUCGCCUCCUCCUCCUCCUCCUCCUCCUCCUCCUCCUCCUCCUCCUCCUCCUCCUCCUCCUCCUCCUCCUGCUCCUCCUGGUUCCCCCCGCGGCCUCCGCCGGCGCUUCGUGGCGCAGGAGCCGGGCAGGAGGUCGCCUUUUCCCCGCGGAGGAUUUGGCGGCGAUUUCCGGGCGUUUUUCCGCCUUCCCCCGCAGCAGCCGCCGGUGGCCGGGAUGAGCCGCCCGCGCCGGCCGCAGGGCCGGGCUCGCCGAGCGGAGCCUCGCGGGAUGGGAUCGCUCCAGCUCUGAGCCGCGCCGCCCCUCCUCCAGCAUGGGCGACUCUCCGGUUGGGAAGAGCCCCCCGGAGCCGGGGAAUUGCCAGGGCAGCGGCGGGGGGGGCUCUUCCCUGAGCGUCAUCUCGGAAGGCGUGGGCGAGCUGGCCCUCAUCGACGCCGAGGUGGCCAAGAAGGCCUGCGAGGAGGUCCUGGAGAAGGUCAAGCAGCUCCGCGCGAUUCCCGACGCCGUUCCCAACGGGGAGAGCUGCCAGAUCCGCUGCCUGGACGAUCCACCCGGCUCGCGGAUCCAGGAGGAAGAGGAGGAGAGCUCCAGCGCGGCCAGGACGGCGCGCAAGCGCCAGAACCAGGCCAAGCAGUCGUGGCUCCUGCGCCUCUUCGAGUCCAAGCUCUUCGACAUCUCCAUGGCCAUCUCGUACCUGUACAACUCCAAGGAGCCCGGCGUGCAGGCCUACAUCGGGAACCGCCUGUUCUGCUUCCGCGACGACGAGGUGGAUUUCUACCUGCCCCAGCUGCUCAACAUGUACAUCCACAUGGACGAGGACGUGGGGGACGCCAUCAAGCCCUACAUCGUGCACCGCUGCCGCCAGAGCAUCGACUUCUCGCUGCGCUGCGCGCUGCUGCUGGGCGCCUACUCCUCGGACAUGCACAUCUCCACGCAGCGCCACUCCCGCGGGACCAAGCUGCGCCGGCUCAUCCUCUCCGACGAGCUGAAGCCGGCGGGCAGGAGGAGGGAGCUGGCCGGAGCCGCGGCCGGCGCCGACACGGGGCUCUCGCCCUCCAAACGGACUCACCAGAGGUCCAAGUCGGACGCCACGGUGUCCAUCAGCCUCAGCAGCAACCUGAAGCGCACGGCCAGCAACCCCAAGGUGGAGAGCGAGGAGGAGGAAUUCUCCUCGAGUACGGAAAGCCUGGAUAAAUCCCUGGCUCCCCCGGCGCGGCUGGCCCCGGAACGCGAGUUCAUCAAGUCGCUGAUGGCCAUCGGCAAGCGCCUGGCCACGCUGCCCACCAAGGAGCAGAAGACGCAGCGCCUGAUCUCGGAGCUGUCCCUGCUCAACCACAAGCUGCCGGCGCGCGCCUGGCUGCCCACGGCCGCCUUCCCGCACCACGUGGUGCGCGUGCCCCACUCGCAGGCCGUGGUCCUCAACUCCAAGGACAAGGCUCCCUACCUGAUCUACGUGGAAGUCCUGGAAUGCGACAAUUUCGACACGGCCAGCGUCCCGGCGCGCAUCCCGGAGAACCGCAUCCGGAGCACGCGCUCGGCCGAGAACCUUCCGGAAUGCGGGAUGGGCCCGGAGCAGCGGGCCGGCAGCUUCAGCACCGUCCCCAACUACGACAACGACGACGAGGCCUGGUCCGUGGACGACAUCGUGGAGCUGCAGGUGGAGCUCCCGGAGAUGCACACCAACAGCUGUGACAACAUCUCCCAGUUUUCCGUGGAUUCCAUCACCAGCCAGGAGAGCCGGGAGCCCGUCUUCAUCGCCGCCGGGGACAUCCGGCGGCGGCUGUCGGAGCAGCUGGCCCACACGCCCACGGCGUUCCGCAGGGACCCCGAGGAUCCGUCGGCCGUGGCCCUCAAGGAGCCCUGGCAGGAGAAAGUCAGGAGAAUCCGGGAAGCCUCUCCCUACGGCCACCUGCCCUCGUGGCGCCUCCUCUCCGUCAUCGUCAAGUGCGGCGACGACCUGCGGCAGGAGCUGCUGGCGUUCCAGGUGCUCAAACAGCUGCAGUCCAUCUGGGAGCAGGAGCGCGUGCCGCUGUGGAUCCGGCCCUACAAGAUCCUGGUGAUCUCGGCGGACAGCGGGAUGAUCGAGCCCGUGCUCAGCGCCGUGUCCCUGCACCAGGUGAAGAAGCAGUCGCAGCUCUCGCUGCUCGACUACUUCCGGCAGGAGCACGGCAGCGCCAACAGCGAGAGCUUCCUGUCGGCACAGCGCAACUUCGUGCGCAGCUGCGCCGGCUACUGCCUGGUGUGCUACCUGCUGCAGGUCAAGGACAGGCACAACGGGAACAUCCUGCUGGACGCCGAGGGUCACAUCAUCCACAUCGACUUCGGCUUCAUCCUGUCCAGCUCGCCCCGCAACCUCGGCUUCGAGACCUCGGCCUUCAAACUCACCUCCGAGUUCGUGGACGUGAUGGGCGGCCUGGACGGGGACAUGUUCAACUACUACAAGAUGCUGAUGCUGCAGGGGCUGAUCGCGGCGCGCAAGCACAUGGACAGGGUGGUGCAGAUCGUGGAGAUCAUGCAGCAAGGCUCCCAGCUGCCCUGCUUCCACGGCUCCUCCACCAUCCGGCACCUCAAGGAGCGCUUCCACAUGAACCUGACGGAGGAGCAGCUGCAGCUGCUGGUGGAGCAGAUGGUCGACGGCUCCAUGCGCUCCAUCACCACCAAGCUCUACGACGGCUUCCAGUACCUCACCAACGGCAUCAUGUGAAACUCCACAGCCCGGCAAAAACAGCGGGAAAAAAUUCCCGGGGGAAAAACAAAAAAAAAAAAAAAAAAAAAAAAAAAAAAGAAGAAGAAGAAAGGAAAUUCCCCCUCCUCCCGCUGGAGAAAAGCCGGGAGGAAACGGGAGAAUUCCCAAAUUCCCGGUUUUGUUCCCUCCCGGAAAGCGACCUCGGGUUGGAGCUCGGGGUCUGAGGUUUGGCCGCUCCCCCGGCCUGGACUCUGCUGGAGAAAUGGGACAGAAUUCCAUGGAAAAGCCGGGAGAAGCAGCGGGAAAAGCGGGAAGGGAGGGAAAUCCCGAUGGGAACGGGGCAGGAAUGGGGGGAGCUCCCCCUUCCCUCUGCUUGGAAUUCCCUGGAAUUCGCCCCCAGUCCCAGGGAGGGAGCGGGAUGGGAGAGGGGAGGGGUCUCCUGAAGGUUGGGAAUCCCAAAAUCCCGAAAUUCCUGGAAUUCCUGGCCCUGUGGGGUCCUUCCCUCUCCUGGGACAGCCAGGGAUGGCUGGGGGGGAUUCCAGGCAGAAUUCCAGGUGGGAUCCCAGGUGGAAUGUCCAGGUGAAUUUCCAGGUGGAAAUCCAGGUGGGAUUCCAGGUGGGAUUCCCAGGUGGGAUUCCAGGUGGAAUUUCAGGUGAAUUUCCAGGUGGAAUUCCAGGUGGGAUUCCCGCUGCUCCAGGAACUCGGGGGCUGGGACUCCCCUCCCCCUUUUCCCGGGUAAUUCCGGGCUGGAAUGUCGGACACGGGGCGGGGCUCUGGGGGCCUCGUCCCGAUCCCAAAUCCCAAAUCCCAAAUCGGGGAGGAUCCGGAGCUUCCCAGGGAAGGAGAAUUUCCUGGGAUUUCCCCUCCCCCUUGGACUGUCCCCAGCGUCCCUUCACUCCAAUGUCCCCCAAUGUCCCCCAAUGUCCCCUCAGUGUCCCCCAAUGUCCCUCAGUGUCCCCCAUUAUCCCCUCAGUGUCCCCCCAAUGUCCCCUCAGUGUCCCCCAAUGUCCCUCAGUGUCCCCCAUUAUCCCCUCAGUGUCCCCUCAGUGUCCCCCAAUGUCCCUCAGUGUCCCCCAAUGUCCCCCUGUCCCUGUCUCCCCCCCCCGUGUCCCCUCACUGUUCCCCCCCCUUUUUUUUUUUUUUUUUUUUCCAUUUUUAGCAUUAAAAAAACCCCAAAAUUUGGAUUUUUCCACCCCCUCCCCCCCGGGGAGGGGGGAGAUGGCUCUGGGGACACCGGGAGGGGACCCCCCCCCAACCCUUCCCAAGCCCCCUUUUUUGGGGGGCAGGACCAAAAUUUGGGGAUGCAGCCAGAGCCCCUCCCCCUCCCCAUUCCCAUUCCCAUUCCCGGGAGCUUUUCCUGGGAAAAGCGAAAUCCCGGGAGGAGCCGAGGCCGGGCACAGAGGGGUGAAACCACUGGAGUUUAAUGGAAUCGAUUCCUACAGAAUAAAGAAUUCCUGAGAGCCUCUCGA